CCGUAAAAAUGAACACUGUUGCAUUGUGGGACGAUGAUUGACGCGGCGGCCAUUUUCCCGCUGGACGCUGCUUCCCAUUGUGGAUACGAAGAAGAAAAUAGAGACAAGCGAAACAUUUCCCACGACUUCUACUCACUUCUCCGCUCGGUGAUCUGUCGUAGCCAUGGCCCGUACCAAGCAGACUGCCCGUAAGUCCACUGGAGGCAAAGCUCCACGUAAGCAGCUGGCCACCAAGGCUGCUCGUAAGAGCGCACCUUCCACUGGUGGAGUCAAGAAGCCCCAUCGCUACAGGCCUGGUACUGUGGCUCUGCGUGAGAUCCGUCGUUACCAGAAGUCCACUGAGCUGCUGAUCCGCAAGCUGCCCUUCCAGCGUCUGGUGAGAGAGAUCGCCCAGGACUUCAAGACUGACCUGCGUUUCCAGAGUGCAGCCAUCGGAGCUCUGCAGGAGGCCAGCGAGGCCUACCUGGUGGGUCUGUUUGAGGACACCAACCUGUGCGCCAUCCACGCCAAGCGUGUCACCAUCAUGCCCAAAGACAUCCAGCUGGCACGUCGCAUCCGUGGAGAGCGUGCUUAAAAUGCACUCUCUUCCUCUCGAUCUUUCUCCUUUUCACCUCCUUCUGUCUUUCCUUCAUCUCUCCACCUCUCCGUCCCUGUGCCCCUGGCCUCCCCCUCUCUCCUUUCUCCCUGUGUUAGUAGUGUGUAGAGGAAAACUGAUUAUAUUAUAAUUAAAGUGUAUAGUCGUGUUUUUCUUAGUGCUCUCGGCAGCAGACUUCUAGGUACUCUCUUUUUGUGCAUGUACCGUGUCUUUGGUGAUGAGGUCCCCCUCAAGCACACGUUUCCUAGUUUCCAUCGUUCCUGCGGACAGCAUGAGGAAAACAGUGGAACUGGAACAGUGCAUUUAGGAGGGACAGACACUGGGAGAGGACAGGUAUUUAUCUGCUGCGGAGGAUUCUGCUCUCAUCUGUGCAGCAGGGUGCUAGAAGAACACACCCGUCCUCUUCUGUUUCCACUUCUUUGCCUCCACUCAGACACAGGCUGGCGGAACCUGAGGCUGGAUUUGUCUGUCCCUGCGUGUGUGUCUGCCUGAGUGUUUGCCCUCAUCGCCACAGAAAAUUGUAUACAGUCCAUCAGCAACUUUGGAGAAGUUGAUUUGCUAUUAUCAUAUUCAUCAUUGCUGUCAUCCUUCAUUUUAGAUUUAUUUUCUUCCAAAUAAGCCUCACACAUGGGAUUUAAAAACAAAACAAAAAAGAACUUCAACAAUGUUUGUGGAUGAUACAGAGAUGGGGGGAUGAAUCGGAUUGAAAACCAGAGAACAAAAA